GCUUGUUUCAUCCGGACACUUUUCACAGUGACGCAGAGCCGUAAUGGCGGCCUCGCUCAGAAUGCUGCGACAGGUCUGCGGGUCUCUGUCUCGCUCGCACGCCGCGGUCAGGCGCUUGUGUUCGCGCGCCGCAGCAGAAGCUCAUCAUGACGUGAUCAGACCUGUGUUUCCGCCGCUGCAGAGUUUCUCAGAGGAGGAGAGCAUGAUGAGAGAUGCAGUCAAGAAGUUCGCCCAGGAGCGCAUCGCCCCAUUUGUCUCCAAGAUGGACGAGGAUUCGGUGAUGGAUGCAGAUGUGAUCAGCGCUCUGUUCGAGCAGGGCCUGAUGGGGAUCGAGAUCGGAGCGGAGUACGGAGGCACGGGCUCCUCCUUCUUCUCCUCCAUCCUGGUGAUUGAGGAGCUGGCGAAGGUGGACCCGUCGGUGUCAGUGCUGUGCGACAUUCAGAACACGCUCAUAAACACGCUGCUGAUGAACCUGGGGACGGAGGAGCAGAAGCAGCUCUAUCUGCCGCGGCUGGCCAGCGAUACGGUCGGCAGCUUCUGUCUGUCGGAGUCAGAGUCGGGCAGCGACGCGUUCUCUCUCAAGACUAAAGCAGAGAAACACAAGGAUUAUUACAUCAUCAACGGCUCUAAGAUGUGGAUCAGUAACGCAGAACAUGCAGGAGUGUUUCUGGUGAUGGCAAAUGCAGAGCCGGCCGCGGUUAGUAUGUGUGGAGUCAUUUCUGACACUGAAUUAGGGUUCGUUCACACUAUGAAUGAUAACUAUACUGAUAACUGUAACAGUAACUAUAUCGGCGUCUAUAUCAACGCACAUCUCGUGUGUGUGUGUGUGUGUGUGUGUGUGUUUCAGAUGCUGGGUUUGGCUCAAGGCUGUUUCGAUCACACGGUUCCUUACACCCGACAGAGGAUGCAGUUUGGCAAGCGCAUCUUUGAUUUCCAGGGCAUGCAGCACCAGAUCGCUCAUGUGGCCACGCAGCUGGAAGCGGCUCGACUGCUGACCUACAAUGCUGCGCGUCUGAAGGAGGCUGGACGGUCCUUCAUUAAAGAGGCCUGCAUGGCCAAGUACUUCAGCGCGGAGGUGGCGACUCUGACCACGUCCAAGUGCAUCGAGUGGAUGGGCGGCGUGGGCUUCACCAAAGACUAUCCCAUCGAGAAGUACUACAGAGACUGUAAGAUCGGAACCAUUUAUGAGGGAACCACCAACAUCCAGCUGAGCACCAUGGCCAAGAUGAUCGACCAGGAAUAUGACGGAUAAACAUCUGUGUCACAUACACCAGACGCAUUAAUCCAGCUGUCAAUAACAUAGAAGCUAAUUAAACACUGAUGUAAUUUCUCAGCAUGAGCAUCUUCAGGAAUCUCCUCGAGAGUUCAUGUCUGUCUGUAACUCAACUGUAUUUCACUCUUAAUGGAUCAUUUCUUGUUUCUCUACGUAUUUAUUUUCUAAGACUGAAAUUAUAUCAGUAUAUAUGAGUUAAAGUCUUUCCUGACUAGUGUUUUUUCUGAAGUCUUUUCAGUGUUAAGAUAAAGCUAUCGUUAGACUUGGUUGAUGUUCCUGUUACAGUUAUUGAUUGAUCCUGUGCCUUACUGAUCGCUGACGGCUGAGAUCUGUGUUUGUGUUUGUGUCUGAACCUGAUGAAUAAACAUCAUGAACUCGUGUGUGCUGUCCGGUUUGAGCAGC